UCACUUCCUCACACUCCACCAAACCCACUCAGUGUGUGGAUGCCCGCCGUACCAGCGCCGAGCAGCCCACACCACCCAGCCCGGCCGCCCUUACCGCGUUUCAGAGCGUUAAAAUGAGACUGGAGUUUUUAAAAGUCGGUUUUAUAACUGUGUUUUAUUAGAUGCGCGUCUCGCGGGGGGUUUUGGUGACACGAUGGCCAAUUUAAAACGGCAGCGGUCGUGGCACGAGGACUUCUCCAGAAACUUUCUCCGACUGUUUUCCAGAAGUAGGUCUGUGGAGCAGGAAAAAACGGACACGGAGGCUGAAAAUGGGGAAGAACAUGAGGAUGACAGCACUGUCGGCCAGUCUGAUGAGGCCGACACAGCAUUUGCACCUUUGCAUCACCUCACCAUGGAACCAGCGGCACAGACACUGGGGCAGUCAGAGCAAGACCGGCUCCUGGAGACGCACAGUGUUGAUGAUCCGGAGCACAGGGUGCAAGACAACGAUGCAGAUCGCGACCCUCUUCCCCCUCUUCCCGUCACUCCUUCUGCCCUGGAGCCCAGCUCUCCGCCGCCCCCUGUAGACGGCUUCUUCAGAAGGCUGGGCAGCCUGUUCCUAUUCGGUCGAGCUGAGCCCGGGGGAGCUGACGGGCAGAGUCAGCCCGGCACGGUGUUGGAAGCACAGGGAGCAGUGGACACGCAGCACACUGACCCCAAAACACUGCUUACAGGGAGCACCGAGGCACAGACGAGUGUGGAGGAGGGAGGAGAGCAGCGUCUGAAGCCUACGGAGCUGUCUCAGUCUCAGGAGCUGUCUAACUCAGCGGCUGGUCCAGAGGUUAAAUCCACAGGGCAAGCAAAGCAAGACAUAGAAAACACACAGCUGCAGGAGGAGGUGCAGGCUGACCAAGAUGAAGAAGGCCUAGUAGACAGUCCAUCUUCAGAUGAGGAGCAGGAGCGACGGCGUGCUCUAGCGUCUCCCCCUGUGGUGACGCAUGUGACAUAUCGUGGCCUCAGGGAGAUCAGAAAAAUGAGGAGGAAGCAGGAGGUGCGUCUUCAUUCGCCAAUCUCCGAGGGAGAAGAGGGGCAGCAUGGGGCUGGUGUGGGCAUGUCUGCCCCAGAAGAGAAAGUCGAGACACUGCAUGGGGCAAGCGCAGGCAGUCCUUGUGUGGCUGCAUCUGGGGAGGGGUUAAACUAUCAGAGACAUGUUUCCCAAGGUUCUUCAUAUGCACCUUCCAGCAGUCAUAUCCUUGAAGAUGAAGGGGGAGUUGACAGUGCUUUGAGCCAAAGUGCCUUACAGACACAUACGGUGGACAGAACACAGCCUGCUGGUUUAGAAUCUGACCUGGCACUGGUUCAUGGCACCUCCUGUCCUGGUGAAAAAGCUGUUUGUUUAGUGGUUGAUGAAGCUAGUGAAAUGCACGUUGAUGGACUGGAGCCUCUGGAGAUGGCAUCAGGCCGUGAAACUCAGUCCCUGUUUCAUUCUGAUGUUUUGCUGGACCCACUUACUGCUCAACCACUAGAGACCUCCCACUCGCAGCUGUCUGACACUGCCACAAACUCAAACACACACUUGACUGACAUUACCACUGUCCCUAGCUCACACACAUGCUUCUGUCUUGGUUCAGACAUUGCUUCUAAUUGCUGCCAGGAAAGCCAGCUCUCUGUUACACAACUAGACGUGCAAGACCCUGAGAGCAACCAAACCUAUCUGUCAUCCAAGGCAGAGAUAUCAGGACAAGCUGCCUGGAAGGCAGAACUUGUCCCAAAGGACGAAACCACGCAGUUAGGGCUAGCUGAGGAGCAGUUGGCUUUGGAUGAUGAGACAUUGCAGCUGGAGUCCAAGAAGAUGGUGGAUGACAUUCUAAAAAACGCCUUAGCUGCUCUGGAGAAGAUUGAUGCUUCUAAUCGAGAGAGUGAGACUCCCAUUAGUGAGGAGCUUAAUGAGGGUGCUGAGACCCUCAUGCUUAUGAGAGCAGGGAACAGCAUGGGUGGAUCAGCUAGUGUGGAGUGCAUGUUCAGAGAACAUUUACCUGUUCAGGCUGACGGAAACCCGCAGUUGAACCUCUCAGAUGACACUCUGGGUGGCCGAGCGCAGGCAGAUGGUUGCAGGUCCACUCCGUCCUCAGGGUAUGAGUCAAUUGCUGGCUCGGACACGGACAUCCGGAGCAUGACCAUGAAUUCUGACAUCAACACUUCACUUAGUGGGCCAUUCGGCACAUUCUGUACAGAGCCAGAACUCAAAGAGGAAUCAGAGACUGAGGAGAGGGAACUGUGUAUGGAUGGGGGUCCUGUCUGUCAGAAUGACGAAAUAAGACAGAACUUUGUGCAUAGCACUUUGCACCUUAAGGUGAACCUUGAAGAGAGGGAAGGACCUGAAGGAACUGAGGCAAACAAUGAACUAUUAUUCCAAUAUGAUCUUAGCGAUAGCAAUAUUAGUCAUAAAACAAAUAUCCCAUCUGCACAGCAAGCCAUAUCGGAAUCUUUAUCUGGGGUAAACAAAGGGGCGGAACAGUGUGCUGUAGAGGAGCAUGGAGUGCAUGUGUGUGUUACACAAAGAGAGAAUGACCAUUCAGGGCUUCAGAAUGCAGCCAAAGUCAAUACUGAAAGCAAUAACUAUGGUAAUGCAUUGGGUUUGGACUCAGGUGAUGCGUCUUCAAUCAUUAAUAAUGUAGACUUGAAGCAGGUGCAGAGUAUAAGCGAACGUUUAUCUCCAACAGGAAUGAGGAAUGUGGAUUCAUAUCAGCUUCCUCAUAUCUCUGAAAUUAGAGACUUCUCUGGGAAAGAGGACAGACCAAACCUGUCAGUCAGGCAAAGCCAUGUGGCUGACGAAACUUUAGCACUUCACCUAGAGAAGCCCAAACUGGCUUCUCAGGAUCCACAAAGUGGGCACACUCAGGGGCUGUUUAACUGUGCUGAGGAAAGUGAUGAGGAGCCAGACUUUGCUCUGGUUAAGACAUACUUGGCGACUGUGGUUGAGGAUGGACCAGAUAGUGGGAUGCCCUCUGCUGUUCCAGGCUGCAGUACAAUUAAAGUGUUUGUUUGUAGUGCCACAGAUGACCAAAGCCAGGACCAUAAGCCAGAUUUAUUGACAGGGCCCAGUCUUCACUCCCCAGGAAGGCUUGCAUCCCUCCCUAUUUCAGUCAGAGCCCACUUAGACAUCCCUGGCACUUCUUCACGGCCACAAACCACUGACCUGCACCAAAUCCCUGGUGGUUUUACAAUCAUCAGUGAAGAAGAAGAGUUAGACACUGUGUUUGUGAACGACACCGGGCCAAUGCUUAGUCCCAGCACACGACGGGCCAAAGCCUACCCAUUCUCUCUCUCCCCCAUAUAUGAAGAGGAAAGCGGGCGAGAGGACACCUCACGGGACGACCUCCUGCAUGUUCCCCCUGCCACCGAAGAGGAGCAGCGCAGUGUGGAGCAGCAGGCCUCCUCCAUCCUCUCACUGCUGCAGUCAGUGAGUGAAAGGCUGCAGUCGUCUGUCUACAGCGAAUCAGAAGACUCUGAGGAGAAGCUUGAGGAGCCAGAGAGCCCUCAGCGCUUCCUUAGGCCUCUCUGGGACCGCUACGAGGAUGACGAUAAUGAAGAUGCUGCAACUGAUGAACAGUCAAGUUUGCUACUGCAGCAACAGCUUACAGGAAUCAGACUUCACAGUGAGGAAUUGGAAUUGGAACCUGCUGUAGAUGCCUGUUCUUCUUCCAGCUUCAUUCCAGACCAGAAAACUACUAGUGGAAUACCGUUUGAAGAACCAGGGGCGCAGCAUUGCAAACCCACUCUGAAUAAUAAUAUUAAUAAUGUUGUUAGGAAAGCUAACACCCCCUUCUAUGAAUAUUUGAAGUCCAACAUAGUGCCAUCGCUCGAUACAGAGAAGCAAGCAAGUAAAGCUUUUCAUCAUAAUGAGGGAAGUCCAACAUCUAGUACUCUGACGGAAAUGGAAGCUUUUGGAAAGAUCAAUCCAAGGCCUACUUUGUUGCACAUCUAUGCGGGUGCAACACCAAGCGGGACAAGGAGGGAUGUCUGUGAAGACUUGGAAGAUGCAAGCCAAGUUCUCUUCCCACAGGAAGCCACGAUCCAGGCUCGGAGAGGAUGCUGGCUGCUGUAUGUAGAGCCAGGAUACAGAGGGUCCUGCAUCGUUCUGGAGGAGGGACAGACAAUGCGGACCACUGGUGAGACCACCAAAAGUGAAGAACACUCUGCUCCAGCCCUGCUGUCUGUUGGCUCCAUUAAGAGAGCAGUGAAGGAUGACACUGUUCCAGAAAUUCAUUUGUCAUCAGCUAGCAAUCCCGAGAGAGAGCGAGUAUGUCUCCACUCUGAAGCGGACCAUGUGGACGCGAAUGGCCCUGUCCACCUCUCUGACCUCAGUGUGCGCUCUGGCUGCUGGCUGGCCUACGAUGGAACUGCAUUCACAGGAAAUCACACAGUCCUGGAAGCGAGAGGUUUGACCACACCCGUACUCCAGAACUCCCCCAUCUCCUGUGUGAGGUCACUGCGUCCAUUGAGAAUGGGUGGCCUGAGAGUGAGGAACCCUCUAGACCCGAAGGUGGUGCUGUAUGCGCAGCCACUCUUCCAGGGAGAGUGUCGGGAGCUGUUGGACAACACGCCCAGUCUAGGACCUGAAAGCGGGCUAGCACAGGUCUCCUCUCUACGGGUUGCUGGAGGAGUGUGGGUGGGCUACUCCUGUGAGAAAUACAGGGGCCAGCAAUGUGUGCUGGAGGAGGGCGAGUACAGUGACUGCUCUGCUUUCUUCAGUGAACCAGGGCUAACACUGAGAUCCUGUCGCUUCCUUCAGGCUGAUUUCAUCGAGCCUGAAGUUUCUCUGAAGAGUUCUGGAGUGCAGAUGGAGAUCCUGGACCAAGACGUGGCAGAUCUACAGCAGAAUGGAUUGGAGCAGGGAACCGAUGCCAUUCAUGUGAAGAGUGGAGUGUGGGUAGCGUACAGUGGUAGGUAUUACACAGGAGAACAGUGUGUGCUGGAGAAAGGCCAACACCCUGGCACACUGGACUGGGGAAGCAGCAGGCAGAGCUCGCCUCUCUCCAUCCGGCCUGUACGCAGGGAGGUGUGUGGAGAAGAAGAGGCCCCUAAAUUUCUGCUGCGUGUCUACAGCAAACCAGGCUUCGCAGGAGAGAGCAGAGAGUUUGGAACUGAAGUGGCAGACUGUGGAGGGCUGAUCCCCAUGUCAUUCAGAGUGAUUCUGGGAAGCUGGUUGCUGUAUGAUGAAAAAGAUUAUUGUGGGAACCAGUUUGUCCUUGGGGAAGGUUUUUAUCCUGAUCUCACUUCCUGUGGCUGCAUGACAACAGCCAUCAAAUCGCUCAAACCUAUUCCAUAUAGCUUCUCGGAGCCCUCAAUCAGCCUUUUCUCACUCAGCUCAUUUGAAGGGCUGGAAACGGUGGCAGAUUCACCCAUGGAGACCAUGGACAACUUCUUCACUCAGUCUCUUAAAGUCAACAGUGGCCUAUGGGUGGUGUACGAGUUCGGUCAAUUCAGGGGGUGCCAAAUGCUGCUGCAGAUGGGCGAAUAUCCCUGCUGGGGCGAAUACAGCAGCUGGGACACCAUCGGAUCUCUCCAGCCUCUCAGACAGCGGCGGACGUACAUGCAGGUGCGGAAUGGAGCUCUAGGGAUGGCACUGACCGCAGAGAGAACUUCAGACCCUCUGUCUCCAGCAAAACUCUUGCUGCGUCCUGCUGACCGCUCACUGGACACACAGCACUGGAUAUACAGCCAGGCUCUGCUCAGGAGCAAGGUUGGGAAGGGGUGCUUGUCUGUGAUUGGAGGAAAGGCGUCUGUUGGAGCUAGAGUGGCCUUGUGGGAAGAGCAUGGGCGUAUACAUCAAAGAUGGCGCCUGAACAAGAACGGGACCAUUUCCCCUCACUUAGACUUUAACUUAGUACUGGACCGGAGAGGUGGAAGUGGAAUAGACAAGGACCAUCUGAUCCUGAGUGAGCUCUGCACUGAUAAAGCCAGUCAGUACUGGGACAUUGAGGUGCUUUAGUGGUGGGAUUGAGAAAGUGUCCCUUCGACAUUUAGCGUUGCCACGAUAACGGACUGGACCAUCUGAAGCUAAAUAGCACUGCCUCUGACAACCAAAAGAGGAAAAGAGGAACAAACUGAAAAAUGUCCAGACCAAUGUUCCUCGCUUCUUCUAGUCCAGGAGAGCCAUAGCAUGUCUGUCUGUCUGUUUCUUUUUCAUGUUCUACAACCUCAGAAAAGAAAAGAUUCUGGUGUCUUUGUGUCAUGCUUAGGCUAGCCAGAACCAGAUGCCAGUAAUUCCACUGGUCUGAGGGUAAAUAACUGUAUCCAGAUCAGCUGCAGGUAAUCAUCCUCAGGCUUGAGAACACAAAGAGCCUGAAGAUAGAUGCAGCAGCCCUCACUAAACCAGAGGUAAAUCCUGUCCAAACUUUGGUUUUAAAGCCAACAACCAAAUAACAAACAAAAAAAAAAACACACACUACUUCCACAUGUAAAACACACCAUUUUUCAGUGCCAGACUAACCGAGGAGAAAAGGGCAUUGUCUUUUCUUCUGUUAGAGCAAUAGAAAGAGUGAAUUAUUUUAUGCUUGUAUUUUUGUUUUAUUCAUCCAAGCACAUUUGCACUAUUAAGAUUCUCACUUAAAAAAAAAAAAAAAAAAAAAACAAGUGGCCAUGUAAUACAGGGGUGCAUCGCUCCCUACAUGCUGAUAUUGGGAAUUGCAGGACUUUUUCUCUGUUUAAUGAUGAAUUAUGAUGCCAUGUGGAAGUUUCCCUUUACUCAGAAACAAAGAAAAAACAUAAGCCAACAAACACCUAUUUAUUCCUGUCAGCUUUGGGCCAUGUAAAGACAAACCGGUCAAAUCACUGGAUUUAUCACUGAACACUGAGUGUAUGAUGAGCAAAAAAAAAUAAGAUGUAUUAAAUAUUGAAUCAAUGUCUGAUUGAAGACAGAAUGUGUACAGUUCAAGUCAAUAAGCUUAUUGUUUUUAAAAGAUGUCAUUAAUAUUAAAGAUAUGUAAUAAA